UGUGUCAGUCUUCCUUUCUUCUGGAGAGCGGGAGGCCUCUCGGGUGCCUGUUCCUUCCUUUCCUCCCACACUCUGAGGACAAAUUCAUUCAGAGCCGAUCUAAGAGGCGGCUCCGUAGAUGGCCAGCUUUCCCCCGAGUGUUAACGAGAAGCUAAUUGGGAGAUCUCGAAUCGUGGGAGAACUUCUAGCCCCAACGUCGCCUUUCGAUAAAAAGUGUGGGCGAGAAAACUGGACCGUCGCCUUUGCUCCGGAUGGCUCUUACUUUGCUUGGUCACAAGGCCAUCGCAUAGUGAAGCUUGUGCCCUGGUCUCAGUGCAUUCAUAACUUUUCGCUGCAUGGUGUCAAGAACUUUGUCAACUCCAGCCAUUCCAAACUUUCAAGGCAGAACAGUGAUGACAGCCAGAAAAGCAAGCCCUGUGAGCAGAUUAUAGACUGUGGUGACAUCGUCUGGAGCCUUGCGUUUGGAUCCUCUGUCCCUGAGAAGCAGAGCCGAUGUGUGAAUAUAGAAUGGCACCGGUUCAAGUUUGGCCAGGAUCAGCUUCUCCUGGCAACAGGCUUGUCCAAUGGGCGUAUCAAAAUCUGGGAUGCCUAUACAGGAAAGCUCCUCCUUAAUUUAAUGGACCACACAGAAGUUGUACGAGACUUAACGUUUGCUCCUGAUGGGAGUCUGAUACUGGUAUCUGCCUCAAGAGACAAAACCCUACGAGUGUGGGACCUAAAAGAUGAUGGAAAUAUGAUGAAAGUAUUAAGAGGGCACCCAAACUGGGUGUUCAGCUGUGCUUUUUCUCCAGAUUCUUCUAUUCUUUGCUCCGUGGGGGCCAAUAAAACAGUGUUGCUUUGGGAUAUGGAUAAGUACUCCCUCAUCCGGAAACUGGAAGGACACCACAAUGAUGUUGUAGCUUGUGAGUUUUCCCCUGAUGGAGCUUUGCUGGCUACAGCAUCCUAUGACACCCGUGUCUAUGUCUGGGAUCCACACAUCGGAGUGAUUCUGAAGGAAUUUGGGCAUCUGUUUCCGCCUCCGACGCCAAUAUUUGCUGGAGGAGCCAACGACCGAUGGGUCAGAUCAGUAUCUUUUAGUCACGAUGGGCUCCACAUUGCAACGCUGGCUGAUGAUAAGAUGGUGCGGUUUUGGAGAAUCGACGAGGACUAUCCAGUCCAGGUGGCGCCUUUAAGCAAUGGACUUUGCUGUGCCUUUUCUACUGAUGGCAGUGUUUUAGCUGCUGGAACGCAAGAUGGAAGCGUCUACUUCUGGGCGACCCCCAAGCAUGUCCCCAGCCUCCAGCACUUGUGCCGCAUGGCCAUCCGGCGCGUGAUGCCCACUCCGCAAGUGGCCAAACUGCCCAUCCCCCCCACCGUUGUGGGCUUCCUUUCCUACCGGAUGUAGGAGACAAAUCAGCUGGGGAACGACCUGUCUGACAGUAUCCCCUUUAAAAAAGCAUUGGUCUUCUUUUUACAACCCAUCAGGGCCAGGCCUGUCACCGGUUUUGAAUUAAAGCUGGCCAUUAUUCUCUAUACACAAAACCAAGAUUCUGAAUGUUGACCGUAUGGAGAUUUUCUUUUACGGAUGCUUUUCCCAAAGCGUCCUCAACUGUGAAAAAACAUGUACAUAAUUAGAUAUAAGCUGCUCUGUGUGUUCCCAUGUAUAUCUCUUGUGACGGCUUUUUAUAUAUAUGGCAUGUACUGUGUGUGUGCGUGUGUAUGUGUAUAUAGGUAUAUAAUAAUAAAUAUAGCUGCUUAGGCGUGUAAGUAUAUAUAUGAACGUAUACAAUGCAAAAGCUGGCCUCGGACCACCUGUGCCCCAAAUGUGAGAUUUGCACUUUGCAUGAAUUAUGUACGAGGGUUGAAUGAAAAGUAAUGCCUUCACCUUUGUAACUCCUCAACAGAUGGCAGUACUGGUAUGCGGCAGGUACUGACUUGUUCAGUAGACUCCUGCUUGAAAUUUCUCUCUGAGUGAUAUGACGAUCGUCCUGAAUCAAUCUGUCAACCUUUUGCUUGUGAAACUCGGUGGUUGCUGUCACAGGACGACCAAUUCUUUUUUUGUCAUGCAAGUCAGAUGUUCCCACCUCAACAUCUUUAAAAUUAAAAAGUAAUGCCUCCACCUUCGUAACUCCUCAAUAGAUGGCAGUACUGGUAUGUGGCAGGUACUGGCUUGUUCAGUAGUCUCUCCUCUACAGAUCCAUUUUAGUGAGAAGCCUUAGUAUUGAACAGUUGUGUUGUUAAAGUGCGAAGUAUGGAAUCCUGCACAGACGAUUGGUCAGUGUGACUUAAGGAAUGUGCAGUCAUUGAAUUCUUGACAGCAGAAGGUGUCACCCCAAAGGAGAUUCAUCUGUUUAGGAUGAUUGUGUUGAUGUGAGUACUGUGCGUUGUUGGGCGAGUAAGUUUAAAGAAGUUGAGGUGACACCUUCUGCUGUCAACUGCAAGUUGCUUAAGUGGCAGUGACCGACAGUCUGCACAGGGUUCCAUGCUUUGCACUUUAACAACACAACCGUUCAAUGCUAAGGCUUCCCUCCAAAAUGGAACUGUAGAGGAGAGUCUACUGAACAAGCCAGCACCUGCCACAUACCAGUACUGCCAUCUGUGGAUGUUGAGGUGACACCUUCUGCUGUCAACUGCUGUCAACUGCAACUGCAAGUUGCUUAAGGCCAAUUGACCGACCAUCUGCACAGAGUUCCAUACUUUGCACUUAACAACACAACUGUUCAAUGCUCAGGCUUCCCGCCAAAAUGGAACUGUAGAGGAGAGUCUACUGAACAAGCCAGUACCUGCCACAUACCAAUACUGCCAUCUGUGGAUGUUGAAGUGACACCUUCUGCUGUCAACUGCAACUGCAAGUUGCUUAAGGCCAGUUGACUGACCAUCUGCACAGGGUUCCAUACUUUGCACUUUAACAACACAACUGUUCAAUUCUAAGGCUUCCCGUCAAAAUGGAACUGUAGAGAGUCUACUGAACAAGCCAGUACCUACCGCAUACCAGUACUGCCAUCUGUGGAUGUUGAGGUGACACCUUCUGCUGUCAACUGCAACUGCAAGUUGCUUAAGGCCAAUUGACCGACCAUCUGCACAGAGUUCCAUACUUUGCACUUUGACAACACAACUGUUCAAUGCUAAGGCUUCCCGUCAAAAUGGAACUGUAGAGGAGAGUCUACUGAAGAAGCCAGUACCUGCUGCAGACCAGUACUGCCAUCUGUGGAGGAGUUACGAAGGUGGAGGCAUUACUUUUCAUUCAACCCUCGUAUAUAUCUGUAUCUCUGGGGACACAAGCGUAUACAUUGGUGCUGUGAAAAAUAGAACCAGCAGGUCUUGCCUUUGGAGCACAGAGCUAUGUAUCGGCUGGCGAAUAAUACUCAGUGGCUUUUGUACCAUAUUUGUGGGGCCAGUCCUGGCAGAAUAGUCACACCCUCAGGAUGCGGAGUUGUGUUGAGACAAAGGAAGCUUUAGUUCAGGCUGCGUCAGGUCUAAUAGAAUUUAUCUGGGGGUAUCCACAAGCGGGCCAUCUUCAGGGAGGCCUUAAUUUCACCUAAUGAAAGGUUAGCAUUUAAGGAUACAAAUGGACCUCCUUAAUCGUUUUUGAAAUCUAACUACUGUAUCUCGGCCUGGUUACUACUACUAGUACUUUUCUCUUUGAGCUCCUUUCCUCCUUUUCUUCUGCUGUUCUGGGACCUCUUUUGUCAUUUCACGAGGCGACGUGGGGGAACUACCAAAGAUACAUAAUUGUUUCCCCCUCUUUGCUUUUGCCUUCUGGACCUGCAGAUACAAAGAAUGUAUACGUACUACAUAAAAAUGCCAACGAUGCAUAUUUUGUUUUGUCGUUUUGUAUUAAAGGAUUCUACAAAA